UUUUUAGAAUAAUCCUUUGUGUAACUUAAGACUAAGUUCAGUGAAUUCAGUGGUUUUUGAUCCCAGGAAUGGCCAAUGGUUUUCUCAUGGAAGUAUGUGUUGAUUCAGUGGAAUCUGCCAUUAAUGCUGAAAGAGGAGGUGCUGGUCGCCUUGAAUUAUGUGCCAAUCUGAUGGAGGGAGGAAUUACACCAAGUAUCGGUCUUUUGCAAGUAGUAAAGCAAUGCACAAGAAUCCCCAUAUUUGUGAUGAUCCGACCCCGUGGUGGAGAUUUCCUCUACUCUGACCGGGAAAUAGAAGUGAUGAAAGCUGACAUCCAACUUGCCAAGCAGUAUGGAGCGGAUGGGCUGGUAUUUGGAACUUUGACUGAGGAUGGCUAUGUGGACACGGAGCUCUGCACGGCACUGCUUGCUGCUUCUCGCCCUUUGCCAGUCACCUUCCACAGAGCUUUUGACAUGGUCUGUGAUCCUGUAACAGCCAUGGAAACACUGAUAUCCAUAGGUUUUGAACGGGUGCUAACUAGUGGUUGUGACAGCUCUGCCUUGGAGGGGCUGCCCUUGAUAAAGCGGCUGAUAGAACAGGCAAAGGACAGGAUCAUUAUUGUACCAGGGGGAGGCAUAACAGAGAGAAACCUACAAAGAAUUUUAGAAGGCUCUGGUGCUUCUGAGUUUCACUGCUCAGCUCGCUCAGCCAAGAACUCAGGCAUGAAGUUCAGGAACUCCAGUGUUAAGAUGGGAACCUCCCUCUCCACACCUGAGCAUUCUAGCAUGGUGGCAGAUGUGACUAAAGUGAGGACCCUGAAUGCCAUUGCAAAGAACGUCCUGUAGAAUAAGAAGAGGCAAUGGGACAAGAUGACCUACUAUCCUCUGACUUCCCCAUUCCUUAACUAUAGACAUUUCAGUAGUGUUUGGAUCAGUCCAAUGAAGAUGCUGGUGUGUGUUUUUCUCCUCUUCCCAUUUCCUAGUCUUCAUUCAAGGAGUCUUUUCAUUAAAUAGUGUGAAAUCAUUUGUCUAUGAGGAGCAAACUCUAGGGAGGCAUGACACUAGCUAAAGAGGCAUUCAUCACUAGGUGAAACUCUUUUAGACUUUUACUUUUCAAAUAAAUGCUGAAGC